AUGAGCCCCUACAGCGGCUCGACAGGCGAUCUCAUGACCAUGGUUGAGCCAGCACUUGCGGCAGCCACCCAAGACAUCGAGAGCAGCAACACUUUGCCAGGCUACCGGCUCAAUGUUCUUUUGGUGGAUACGAAAUGCUCGGAAAGGGAGGCGACCCUGGCAACAGUUUCGGCAAUGUCCACCGGCGUGACGAAACAUGUCAUAUUUGGUGACUCCUGCAGCUCUGCAUGCGAAGCUAUCAAUGAUGCAGCUUCCUUCUUCAAUGUUCUUCAGGUCGGGCCGGGUUGCACUUCGACAAGCUUGAGCGAUUCCGUUCGGUACCCGUAUUUCACACGCAUGGCACCGUCCUAUCGUUUCAAUAUCUUGGCUGUUCACGAGUUCCUGAAGCUGAUGAACUUCCACAGAGUUGGCGUUGUGCACGGUUACAACUCCAUAAAUAUCCUUGCGAAGGACUCGUUUCUGGAGUUGGUGGCUGCAGACGUGGCUGCCGGGACUUAUGCAUGGGUGAUUCUACAUACCAGCGCGAUCACCAGCCAGGGCAACAUUCCUGAUGCUGAAGCAGCUUUGUCCGCGAUCCAGCGGACUGAUUCCCGAAUCAAUUUCGUGGCAUUGUACGCAGACACUGGUUCCAUGUUGUUAUGUCAAAGUCACAAGAGAAGUAUGUUCUCCCCAGACUACAUCUUCAUUGUGGCUUCUGGCUGGUGGAAUCCGGGAUUCAUUCUGGAGCGAGCUGGUGCCGCUGACUGUCCUUGUACAGCGGAGGAAUUGCGCAGUGCAGCAUAUGGUAUGCUUGCGCUUGAUCGCGGGCCCAUGCAAAAAACGACGAGCAUCCAUGCCCUCUCUGGGCGUACCCUUGCCGACAUCUAUGCAGGUUAUACCGCAGAAUGCAUGGGCUUCGCAAAUGGCAAUGGCCCUUGCAACCAUCAGUGGGCAGCAUACUUCUAUGAUGGCUUGUGGUUAAUUGCACAUGUCCUGCACGUCUACUUGGUGGAUGGGGGGAGGUCUGUUUCAGACUUGCGAACUGCAGAUUCGCGUCAAGCCCUGUACGAUCUGUCGCUCUCCAUAGACUUCAUGGGUCUUACCGGGCGGGUACGGCAGUUCAAUUCAGUCAAUCCGGUGACAUCACCUCCUUCACAUGGCGAUCGCGACGGGAUCAUCCUUUUCCGCCAGGUGGUUGGAACCUUUGAUAAUGCCUUCAACGAGUUGGCCUAUCGGACAGAUGCCGGGAUCGAGUUCAAGGAGGACAUCGUUUGGAGCCCUGCCCCAUCACACCGUCUCACCUGCAACACUGGUGUUUGCGAUUUUUCUUCUGGGCAUUUACCCAAAGAUCGCGGAGACAGCUGCCCGGAUGGAACAGUGUUCGUGACCGAGCUGGGCUGCACCCAGUGCCCAGAGGGUGAGUAUUCAACUGGAGGGAUGCAGCAAUGUGCUGAAUGUCAGCCGGGCUUCUUCGCAAAUGCGCCUGGAAAAGCACAAUGCAGUCCAUGCGGUGCUGGCACAAAGGCGCCUUUCCCCCGAGCAUCAACGUGUCAGGAUUGCCCUGCAGGUCAGUAUAUGGACAUGCAGGGCGCGUCCGAAUGCAAAAGGUGUCCAAUCGGGAGCUAUGCAGACCAAGAGGGCCAACAUCAAUGCACCAUGUGUCCGCCGGGGCAGACCACGAGUUUUGAGGGCGCGGCAGAAGUCUCCGUGUGCGUUUGUGACGGCUUCUACUACCAGCAACAAUGCAUCCAAUGUGCCUUCGGAACGCGCUUUGAAGCUGGUGCCUGUGUGAAAUGUGAUCGGACGCUGGUCUGCGAGAAUGGCUUGGUCACAGGUAAUGCGACCACAGACGAGGAAUGGAGCAUCACUAUCGAUAUCGCUGGGCGGCAACGUACACUGUCCCAGAUGAUGACCAAUGAGUUCCUGUUGGUGACCCUCGGAAUCGAUGUGGAGAAGCACAAAGCUGUAAUGAGGCAGAGGAUGGACCUGUUUGCAGUGACCCUUGGUGACCUCAAUGUGGGAAACCCGGAGCUGAAGAUCAUCCCAGCCCCCACCGAUGAUGUACGGGAAGCCAUCGAGACCAGGCUGACAGACGUAAAGGUGUCAAUGUAUGCAUUGCUGAACGACAAUGUGGACCUGCCCACGGUGGAUCAACCUACCCUCUAUUCUUUGUACCUUCAAAACCAGGAGCUUUUUGAUCUCUCCAAUGAUUUGGUCAACCUGCUUGUCGAUGCAGCACAGUCAGCAGGAGCUCGCCUCAAUGGCUUGCUUGCAAACACCGCGGGGCGCCAGCGGUCUCUCAUCCAGAAGAUGCUGAAGAAUGUCUUGUUCAUUGCGAAGACAGUUGAUGUGCAGUCUAACGUGGACGAGCUUCGCCGCAAUCUCGAUGUUUUCGAAGCGAGCCACAGCGCUAUUCUCAGAGGUGCAGAGUGGGCAGGGAUUCCCCAACUGACCAGCAUGUGCACCAUCCAUCAAAUGAAGGAGGUCACGUACUACUACCAGGAGGUCCGGGGUUUGGCCCGGAAUGUAUUCAACGCGCAGUCGCAGGCUGAAAGCAUCAACACCGCAGGGAUGGUGGCAAGGAACAUGUCCGGCUAUGUUGACCCGCUCGCUGUUGCCAUGAGCGCGGCGGUGCAGCUCUACGUGAACGAUCCCGGCGAGUGUCAGCCUCUCCUCACGAUCACAGACAGUGAGUGGACCAAGAUGAUCAAUGGCCUCUCUGAGCAGCGCAUCACCAGCCAGAAGAUUGCCCGGCUUUACAUGCAGGUGGCCAACAAUGUCAUGGUCGAACAAAGCAAGGUAGAACUUGCCGUGGAGGUCACCAGCAACACGCAGAAACUGACGGACUUACUGGAGGGCAGCCAAGCCACAGGCAUGCCUGCACCCCCUACACAGGACAUGGUGGACGGAUUUGUGGCUGUUUCAACUGAGUGGUCCAUGAUGUCGGUCGUGUUCAAUGAGGCGAUCAGUCUGGAUGUGAUCCCAGCAGUUGAUGUGGCCCGGAUUGCCAUUUUGACCGUCGCGUACCAGACGGAGAUGUACAGCUUGCUAAGUGAAGUGGAGGAAGCAGCUAUCCAAGCAGGCAGUACACGGCCACUGCUCCUCCUUGAUGUGACUUCGAAGCAGUUGGUCCGCUUGCAGGAGAUACCGAGAGAUGCUGCCUUGAUCCACUAUGGUUAUGAGGUGGCCUCGACCUGGGACAGGCUUAACCAGACAGUCAAGGAAUUCCACCAGUCGCACAAAGACCUCAUGCUAGGAGCGUCUGUUGAGUUGGGCAACGGGCGCUUGCUGGCCAUCAUGAGCUUAAAGCGUGUGUCCAAUAUCUGCCUAAUUCGCAUCAUGCGGGACGUGGAGAAUGAGGCCUCAAUGAUGGAGUUAGCUGCGUACCGAGGGGCCAGUGGACAGACAGAGGCUUUCAGCGAGCUGGACCGGCUUGCCACAGUGGCCAGUGAGCACAUGGUUGAAGCUGCCCAGAGCUUCGAGCGAUAUUAUGACAACCUCAACUUGACGUGUUCAGAUGUGGCUUUGACCGUCACCGACUGGCAGCUCCUCAUGGCUGAAGCCUACGGCCUAUGCUCCCUUGCGCGCAAGGCUGUGGCCGAGUUCGUCUUGCAAGACCAAGGGGAGAUCUUGCCUGAUGUGCUGCAGCGGACAGCGACAGCUUUGGAGGACUCUUUUGUGAGCCUCAUGCUGGGAAGGUCUAUGCCUCACCUCCCAGCACAGCCCUCACAAGAAUUGUAUUCAGACGUUCGAAACCUGGACGGGUUGGUUCACAACUUCCUGGAUGCGGUUCGAGGUCAGACAUCCUCCGGGCUUUCCGGCUUGGCAUCUUCCGUCUGCAGUGCAGCAGACGGCCUUGGAGAGAAGUAUUUGCAAGGAGGCCUGGUCGCCGAUCCCGGCUGGCCUGGCCGCAGAGUGAGGGUGCUCUUCCAGCAGGCGGUGCGUGCCUACAAGGUUUAUAGUUCCAUGGUCCAGAACGAAGCCGCGGAAAUGUGGGCUGCCAUUGAGGAAUUCGAGAGUGCGCAUGCACAGCUCCUCUCCGGGGGUGGAGGCUUGACGGCAAUUUUGCCGGAGCGGCAAGACAUGCAGGCCCAGUGGGAUGCUAUUGAGGCAGUUUGGCCUGCUUAUAAACAGGCCGUGACCACCGGCGAGAGCACUGGACAGAUUGCGAUGACUUUAGGCCAAGUGCAAACUCAACUUCAGUCUGCAGUCGCCGUUUUCGACAUUCCUGAUGUUAUUGCCACAGAUACUUCACCUUGGAUCUUCGUGGCAACGUAUGGGGCAAUGGCCCUGAUCUUGCUUUGUUGCUCUGCGUGCGGUUGCUACAUGUACCGGGCUGCUAGCCGCAGCAAGGGUGUGAAGGGCAGCGGCACGGACUCAAUGGCCUCCCAGGCGUAA